AUGGUUUUCUUUCCUCGCUACUGCUCGGGCGACUUCGCUCCCUUGUUCCAGCUGCUCGACGACUACGACGUGCACCAAUCCACUCGCCGGCCGAACAAGAAGGUCACACCCGUCCGAACUUUUGCACCCAAAUUUGACGUCUAUGAGUUGAACGACCGCUACUACCUGGAUGGGGAGCUCCCCGGCGUCGAGCAGAACGAUGUUGACAUUGAAUUUUCCGACCCUCAAACCCUAGUCAUCAAAGGCCGCUCCCAGAGAAAUUACCAUGAGAAAAAACAAGCCGAGUCUGAUGACGGAUCCGAGACCUCCUCAGUCAAAUCACAUCAGCCUACAGUCGAAAACUGGGAUGAAACGACUGACGCCACACCCACCACCGAACCAACUCCCGCGCCCACCCGUGAGGAGAACACUGCGGAGAAGAACAGCCCUGAAUCAACCUAUAAGUUCUGGGCCUCUGAGCGGUCUAUCGGCGAGUUCCACCGAGCCUUUGCCUUCCCGACAAGAGUGGACCAAGACUCCGUCAAGGCCAGCUUGAAAAACGGCAUCCUCUCUGUGGUGCUUCCUAAGGAGCCGGUCCCCCAACUCAAGAAGGUCCGCGUGCAAUAG